GAUAUAUAUUGUAUCGUAAUUAACAGAAAAAAGAAGAAACUGGAAGUUGGAUAACGUUUGAUUUUUUAAACGUUAUCCAAUAUGCGAAAAAAAUAAGUAUACUAUGAUUGCGUAGUAAAGAAGAAAAAAAGUGUCUUUUGAGGCUAUGGGGAAGUAUUAUUAUGGGGUAAAUGUGUAUAGUGGAACGUUGACAAAGUAUAAAAUGAAAAAAGAAAAAAAUGUUAGUUUUGUAAUCAUGUGUUUUUAGUCACCUUAUUAGAAUAGCAAAGGCUCGCAAAUGCCGGCCAUUUACAUCGUCAAGCCAAAUGUUUUGACGCCACUAGACAUAUGCGAUAUUGGCCACGUUGUCCUCCUUUGGCACGACAAUCUGACCAAAAAUAAAUCUCUAGACUUUUGUCUGAAUUUCUCGUCAGUCUACCGGGAACGGUCGUUAAAUGCGUACGAUUGUCAGAUUUCUCGUCAUCAAAUCCUAUAACUUCCGUUUCAUUGUUACAUGUUAAUAAAGUUCAGUGAACCUUGUCGACAACAAAUUUUUGUUUUUUUUUCUUGUAUUUUUUUACUGAUGAAAAUCUACCUUUAAUAUAUGCGUAAGCGUUUCCUCAUAAAAAAAUUUGAUCCUAAUCUUUCAAUUGUCUUAAUUCUCUAAUAUCCUUUAAUUCUAAAAAUUAAUAUAUGAAAAAGAGUACAAAAUCGCGGGAAAUUUUUUUCAAUAUUAUAAUUGCAAAUGUGAAAAUUUUGAUAUUUAAAAUCAUUAUAAAAAGAAAAUAUUUUAUUUUGAUUAUGCUAUUGGCUCAUAAAAAAUAUUACUAAACAAUAAUGUUAAUUAAUUAAAAAUAUUUUUAUUAAGUACUAUAAGAUAUUUAAAAUUUUAGAAAACGAUAACAAAAACAUAGUAUCCUAUGCAUAUUAUAGCUAUUCAUAAUAUUAAUCGAUAUAUGAUGAUUUUAAUUGAUCGAUAUAAGAUAAUAUUAUUCAACGAUCAAGAAAUCAAUCGAUAGUUCCCAUUGCAAAUAGUUCAUCUAGAGUAACAGAAACGUGUAUCUGUUUUAAAUGUAUUAUUAUCAAUGGAUUACUUUUAAUAUAUUAUCGAAACUUGCACGUGACGUUUGUCUAUUACGUUCAUUGGUCGAUCAGUUCGAUUGUGUGACUACAAGGUACAAGUCGGUCGAUAGGCAUCCUCAGAAAUUCUACUAGUACGAUUAUUUCAAGGAAGCAACGUGAUGAACUGUGCAGUGGCGGGUCGGACGAGUCAUUUUCUUUUAAUUCGUUUAUUCGAAAUCAAAUAAAUCAAAAGUUGAAUUGAUGGCAUCUGAAACUAGAUCUAUGAUUCAAAAUAACCUCGAUAAUUUUUCGAAGCAAGACCGGAUGCGAACUGUUCAAAACAAAGAUAGCGAACUAGAGCCACCGUUUCGACGAGCUACUUCUCUUAGGCUACCCAAAUCAUCGAAUUCAAAUACUAUUGAUCGCAAUCGAUUAUAUGUAUCGACAUAUCAUGGAAAAUCAUCGAUGUCCAUGACAUGGACACCAGAUAAAACCAUACCAGUUUGUCCCGCCAAGCAUUUCACACCUACGAUUGACGCACCUGCGCCGGAAUAUCUUGCCCGAAAUCUUCUUCAACUUGGUUGUCCUGUUGUGUCAAUGCCCACACCUCGUGGAGGAGUAGGGUCUGAACCUCCGCAGAGUAGCGAUAGCGAUGAAUACUCGACGACGAAUACUCAACAGCAUAGUCAUGGACAUGGAUAUGGUCAAGGACAGGUGGAUAUCUACAACGUGCCCAAAGUCCAGGUGUCGGGACCAUCGAACAAUGAUGAAUCCUCUUCCGUCAUCAAUGGGUCUGCGGGGUCCAUAGGAGCACGAUCCGCGCCCAGCACGCCUCUUCAAGUAUCUCCUGGUGCGCAACAAGCGGGCCAACAGUCGAUUAGUGGCUCUCAGCUUACAGUAACCUCUGCCAAUAACUCUCAGCCUCCGAGAAGCCCGAGCCAUGCGACCUUGAGAUGUAACGACAGUCAUCUUUCGAAACCGCUUAGCAGAAGUGCACCAUCAAUGGCAGCUGGUGGUGUCGUGCAAGCUCCAGGAAAUGUUAACAGGUCCUCGUCUACAUCCUCACCAACAACUACCAGUAGCGCAAGACAGAAGAAAUUCCAUAGGCAUUUCUCUCAGGUUGCUGCGGAUGAACGCGUAUUGAACUAUUAUAGCUGCGCACUGGUAGGCGACAUCUUGUUGCAAGGACAUCUGUACAUUACACCAAACUACUUUGCAUUCUACAGUAAUGUGUUUGGCUAUGUAACGAAGCUAUUGAUACCUACGAUUUCUGUAUUGAAAAUUAGCAAAGAAAAGACCGCGCGAAUCAUUCCAAAUGCGGUGGCGAUCACUACAGAAGAGGAGAGACACGUUUUUUGCUCCCUUCUAUCUAGAGAUUCGACUUUUAAGCUGAUGAAACAAGUUUGGGAUGCAGCUACGGAACCACAACCAUCACCAACUAUCCUACCGUUGGCAAACGAAGAAAAGCUUCUUGUUCCGUUAGUCGACGAUUCUGAAGUGAAUCCCGAGGAGGAUGAUUCCAGUAUGUCCGAAAGCGGGACGGAUCUGAAUUCCAGACCGCCGACUAUUUGUACCGAUACCGAUGGUGUUCCAUUGGCAAUUGCCAGGCCGAGUUUGCCACCACCUCCGAAAGUGGAAUCAUCACCAACGGUGCCAUUAUUACCUACUACAUCCAAAUCCACUGGUAUCUUAUCUUUAUUCAAAAGUGGAUUGAAAACUAGCACAGUGAUCACUAUCCUGAUAGCUCUUUUGGCAGCUCUCUAUGUGUCGGCGGCUCUGAUGAUGAUUCGUAUCGAUAGGUUACACACGGCAUAUCUAAACCAUCCUCUUGUUUCGCCAGAACGUUUCACUCAGGAUCGACUUUUGCAUUAUCUUAAUACAAAUCUUGAUCAAAUAGUAAAGGUACGGCAGAGUCUACAAACGUUGUCACAACAGUUUGUAUCAAUGAGCCAAAGUGGUGAAACAGAUCCAAGCGUAUCUGGUGCCGUUGUGGAACCGGAAGAUGCUCCGAGUUAGCCCCCGACGAAGCUAAAUAAUUUAAUGCAACCAAAUAAUACGAAUCCCCAUCGCUUCGCUAGCGUAUGAAGCGUCUCGCAUUAAUGCGAGAUUAUCUUUGUGGUCUGCGUCGAUUACUUUCGGCGUGUGAAAACGAUUCCGAAUUGAACAACUAAUCGACAAUGUUGUUUCUAGAAUUCUCAAUAGGCAAAUAUUAUUAUUAGAGUAUCUAGAGUUACCUGAACAGGUUCUGGAAAUUAUAGAAUAUUUAAAGUAAAGCGACAAAACAGAAAAAAAAAAAAAGAGAAGAAAGUAACAUAUACAAGUUUCAAAAAAGAAAAAUUGUAACAAUCCUUCAUAUAUAGAUUGAAAAGUACGCGUAACUCGAUUUUCAAUUUUCAGAAAUGCUUGCAGAAUCUAAUUAAGAUGCUUAAAAAGAUUAAACAAAAUAAACGUUAAAAAAUAGAGAAAACGCCGUAUAUUCGAAUGUAAGCAAGACAGUUUAUAUGUGAUGUAUUAUGAAACGAUAUAACGUGAAUUGAUCAUAACACAAAGAAAAAGAAAAUUUUUUUUGCGCAAGGCGAGCGAAGGGAUUUUCGUUUUUGAACUAGUCACAUAUUGUAUAUGCCCCACAUACAACAAGAAUAUAAUGAAUAAAGUGAAAUAUAUAUAUAUAUAUAAAUAUUAUGAAAAAGCUAUAUAUAUAUAUACACAUAAAAUAAUGCAUAUUUCGCGAUUACUUGUUAAUUAUUAUAUAUUUGAGGGUAGUUGGGGCACUAUCUUUUUAAACGAUACAGCUGAAAAUGAGAAUUACAUUAUAGAAUUAAUAAGAUUACACAUUUGUGUCAUACCGAAAAUAAAGAUUCUAUGUCAGUAUCAUAAAGACACUUGAAACAAAAAAUUUCUUAACAGACGAGCUUGUGCAAUAUUCCGAUAUAGUUUGGAAUACAUAUUAUUUCGUCGUCGAACAUCGAAUACUGCGCCUUUUAGAUAAAAACAAAUUAAAAUGAAGAAAAAAAAAACCAUUGCAUUUCUCGCGCACACUGAUGUUCCUACGAAAAAGAAUUUUUCUGAUCGUUCGUUCAAAAUAAUAACGAAAGUUUUCUUUGUUUCUCUAUCUUCUCUUAUUUUUGUUUUUCUACUCAACUCUUUCAAAACGAUUAUUCUCAAUAUGCGAAAGUGCUCGCGAAAUAUUCUAUUCACUUGUGAACAUAUUUCGAUACUAUUGCACAUAUGUUCUUCUAUGUAUGUGUGAAAUACGACGAAACGUACGGAUAAAGCGUUAUAGUUGAAAAUAUGAGAUACGAGAAACGGGAGACUUGACUGUGAUAGUAGGAUCAAGGAUUGCAUUUUGUUAAAACACGACCGCGUUUAGCAGAAUCUUUGUGUUUGUCCCGUUGAAAAAAAAAAAAAAGAAUUAAUAAAUAUAUAAAUAAGAGACUGGUUUAUCACGAUCGGACCAAAAAUGGCAUAAACGCGGUCGUUAAUUACGCGAAAUCGCGUGAAAUCUAAAGAGAAGUGCUGUUACAUUAUUUAGCUAAUAUUUAUAAAAACAAAAAAAAAAUGUACGUAUGUCGAAGUGAAAUUCACUUGAACCAUUAUUUUUCAAUAUGAUUAUCAUUUAUUGCAAUUAAAUAAUUCUGUAUUUAUGAUAAACGAUGUUAAUUUUUAAUAAUUUUAAUACAACACCUUUACUAUUAUACACUUUUUUAUUGUCGUAACACGCGAUGUGUACUCAAAAUUUAAAAAAAAAAAAAGAAAAAAAAAUCGAAAAGAUACAAAUAAUAUGGGGGAUAUAUUUAUCUGGUGGCUAUUUAGUAGACUAUAAUUUAUUUCAUAAAUUUUACGAGUUUUUAAUUAAUAUAUAUUUUGAAUCCUUUUGUAAAUUUUAUUUUAUUAUGUUGUGAUUUAAUUUGCUCGAAUUUAUAGUUCCGAGCUAUACAUAUAUGCCUUUUAGCGCGUGAAUUAUUCAAAUGGAGAUAUACUUGUGCCUGGCGUGUGCCAUAAUGAAAGAAAAUCGGUUGCAUUUUAAAAUAAAAAGAAAUACAAGAGCAUACGUGUAUAUGAAAGCAAAAUAUUGGAACUUGUUCAUUAGGCAAUUUACAUCGAAUCUUGUUUCGUCUUUCUCAAAUAGAUUGAAUGUGUUCAAAAUUGAACAAUGCUACAAAAUAGUGAAAACUGGACAACAUAUUCGCCAUAUAAAAAGGGAAAAAAACAAAAUUAUUUAAAUGAUUGAAAUUUGUGCCAAAUUUUGGAAUCAUUGUAAUAAUUAAAAAUUAUGUCUAUUAUUCUAAUAUUUUUAAAAUUAUGAAAAUGAUUUGCAGAAAUAUUAUAAACGGAGAAAAUAUCUUUUAUAAUGAUUAAUUGGCGAUAAUUAUCCAGUUGAUCUAAGUUCGGAUCUAUGUUUCGCAAAAUUUUAAAAGAAAACGAGUCCGUAAAGGGACGACUUUCCCUUUCCGUAUUCGUAUAAAUAUCGUUCGCCUUAAUUGUAACGUUUCUAGACAUUUUUAGACGGAUGCUCAACGUACAAUCCAUUAUUCCUAGAAUAUGUAUCCAUAUAUAGCAGCUCUUGAUUUGUACUUGUUGAACGCGUGCGUACUGUCGUGACAAUUUCGAUAGAAUUUGCUGUACUUUUGAAUAGCUGUACUUUUUGAAAUCUGAUAUCAUUAAUUUUCGUCGAAUUUUUAGAAUCUAUAUCGAAUAUUUAAUGAUUUGAAUAUAAUAUAAUAUCAAUUUUAUCAUGAUAUAUCAAUUAAUAUAUUAAUUGUUUCAUUUUACUUUUUUGUACAUUAUAAACAUAAUAAAUAAAACAAUUAUUUGGGAUAAUAAAUGAGAUAAAUAUAUUUUUUUAAAUUCACUUUUUUUACUUUUGUUAGUUUAUUUUAUAUGAAUCUUAUAUAGAAAUUUUAUCUUUGUUUUAUUAUUAUUUCUGUUUUAUUUGUAAAUAUAAAUAUAUCUAAUUAUAUAAUUUAUUAUAUUAUUAUUAAUAAAAAUUCAUUAUUAUUCAUUAAAAGAACAACAAUGUUUUACGAAAAAAAUUUUAAUUUUAAUUAAAUCUAAUAUAUUUAUUAUUUUAUUAUCUAUAUACAAAUCAAUAUUUUAUUUUACAUCUUGGAUUAAAAAAUAAACGAAUACAUUCAUCGAAUAUAUUUAGAUAACCACAGUGUUCUACUUAUCAUGUUAAUCAGAUUUUGAAAAUGUACAGCUUUGUUAUCGAAUUGUGUCCUCUGUGUAAAUGAAAAGAAAGAAAAAUUUGUUACAUUUAAAAUAAACAUCUUUAAAAUGCAUUUAAAACCAUAAGUUGGUUCCUGGUGAAAAAAAAUUUAGCGUGCGAUAAAUGUAAGGAAAAAAGAAAAAAUAAAAGAAUGAAGAAUGAAAGGAAAGAAAAGAAACGAAAGAUAGUAAAAUUGGAAAAUCACAGACAGACCAAUAAUUUACAACGUAAUUUGUGUAGUCCGCUAAAACGGAGCGCAAAUAAAUUUCUGGCAAAUUGAAA